AAGAAAAAAUGAAUGAUAGUCGCAAGACGUAACCAUUUUAAGUUAUGUUUCACCGCUGAGGCCGUGAAACGGGCUGCCAGCGCUUCAGCGAUGCGUAUCAUUUUAGUGAAAGCAGCCGGGUAGCGGUGGCAUCAGAGCGGAAGGAGGCUAGUGUGGAUGGCUGGGGCCCGAUGUGGAUGACUGCAGCAAGAAUGGCAAAAAGGCUGCAGAGGCCAUGUCCCUCAGUAAAGAGGACAUGUCCAUCUUUGGCCUCUACCCGGGCCAUGAUGACUUCUACCUGGUGGUGUGCAGCCAUUGUGGCCAGGUUGUGAAGCCACAGGCAUUUGAAAAGCACUGCGAGCGGAGACAUGGCCCUCUGGCCAAGCUGUACGCCCGGCUGCGCUCCCCUACCCCUGCACCUCAGCCCCAGCAGAGACCACAUCACGGCCACUCUCCUUCUCACGGGACCAACACUGCCUCCGCUUCUUCAUGGGAGGGUCGAGGCCAGGGCGUCGGGCCACUACGGGCAGCCCCAUCCUCACCUUCCACUCCUCCUCAGUUCAGACACUCCAAGAACUCCAAGGAUGGAGUACGACAUUCCCCACUAGAGAAGUCCUCCCACAGCAGCCAUACAGAGUCAUCAAUAUUCAAACAGCCGCCGCCUCUGGAGCCUCCGAUGAGCUCUCCACCUCCGUCGCUCAGAGACCCUCCCUGGCCACAUGGAGGCACUCCGCCUGGUCGGCCUUCACCCAGUGAAAGACACCCGACACAGAGGAAGGACUCCUCACAGCCCUCUGCAGUGGCAGGCCACCGGAUCCCCAGGCCCUACAACAAAGUGGCCUCCAAGAGGGAGUGUGACUUGGACAAACACUGUGGCGUUCUUGACCCCGACAGGAAGAAAGUCUGCACUCGCCUUUUGACAUGCAAUAUUCACUCCAUCCACCAGCGGAGGAAGGUGGUGGGCCGCAGCAAGAACUUUGACCAGCUAGUGGCGGAACUCAAGACCAAGGUUCGGGAGAAAGGGGCUCAAGCCCUGGAGGGAGGUUCUUCCACUGGACGGUCCCCCAGUCCUGAGCCCCCCAGAGAGCAGGCCGGCGCUCCACACUGCAGGAGACUUCUGGCCAGCCUCCCCGCUUUCAGCCGGUCUACAGCUGGGUCAGAGAGCACCACAGAGGAAGAGAAGCAGCGGCAGGAUGAGGCUAGUCUUCGAGCCCCCUCACCUCUCGUCCAUGGCCGAAUAUCCAGCGAUGAAAGCGAGGCAGAAUCACCCGAGGAACCAGCUCAGUUCCCAUCUUCCGCUGCACAUCCCAGACCAGUAGCGGUGUGUUCAUUUGGCAGCCAUGCGUUGGGUCAUGGCAUCUACACGUUUGACAGGAGACUUCACCACCUGAGGUCGGCUCUCGGCAGCAUGCUGGAGCAGCACAUCAGCGCUCAUCUUUGGAAGAAAAUACCUCAAGCCACAGACCUUCAAACUUCACCUCCCACAGCAAAGGCCAUCGCAUGCUCGUCUCCCUCCUCCUCGUUACAUUGUAAGGUCCGCACAGGAAGUCACAUCAGCUCCUCCCUCAAAACUGCGUCUUCCUCGUCCUCUUCCAGCCGUGGACCAGGAAGACCCCCAACAGCCAUACCAUCAGAGAACACUGGGGGCAGCGUUGGCAGCGUUGUGGGCGGUCAUCUGACGUCUCCAGGAAAACUCGCAGCGGUGCGUCAGGGGGGUCCUGGGCGACUUAAGAAUCCAGUAGGGCGUCCCAGCAAACAGAUGCUGAAGCUGCGAGAGGAGGCUGCUGCGGCCGCCACCCUCCGCAAGCGCAAAGCCCCAUUCCAGGAAGGAGAGCACUCAGGCCCCGACAGGAACUGCAUCAUCCUUCAGGACAGGGGCCGCCCACCCCCCACCGUUUCCUCUUCCAAAGCCCCCAUUUCCUCGCCGCUCCCACACGGACAGACCAACGGCACGCUCUCCCCCAGCAGCAAACCCCGUCCCCAGCCUUCCCCCUCAGAGUCCCACUCGCCAGCCGCCAAAGCAGUCUGGACGUACAGACGGACACACCCCCCUCUGGGCCACUCAUCCUCCCCAGACCCUUCCUCCACCACCAAUUCCCACAGCCGGCCUGGCGUGGGGGACUCAGGAUUGCACGGGCAGGGCAGCGGACGGGGCUUUGAGCACCAGGGACUGGUGAAAAAACGCAAGGGGGGUGGCAUGGAGGAGCACUCACCCUCCUCCAAACCCUCAGUGCACCGCCUGCCCUCCUCCUCCUCCUCUAGCUCUGCCACCUCCUCCUCUCCACGCUCAAACUUCUACACCUGGAAGGACAGUAAAGGUGGGGGGCUGGCUGGGGGUGUGGAGAAGAAACUGGGCACACAGAAGGUAGGUUUGGAGGAGGGAAAAUUAGGGUACUGAGAAGGAUAGAGACAGGACAGUUGACAUUACAAUGCACAAAUUUCUCUACGUUUAGACGUUUUUUUAGCAGCCUUGUUCUUUUCUGCUAAAUGCUUUUGGCUGUACACUUGACAUAGGUUUUUAAACGCUACCUGUCAGACAGGUCUUACCAGAUAGGGACCAGCCAAAUGUUUUUCAUGGACUUAUUAUACACUUCCAUUUAUGCUCUCUCAAACAUCCUCAGAAAGUGAAAUUCAGGGAAAACAAAGAUCAAAAUCUUAAUUAUCAUUUUGAAAGAAAAUGCAACAGAAACGUAAUGUUUCUGAAUAUUAGCACACUUACGGUAUUAGCAGUUUUUACUGACUUUUGGAACUUAAUUUAUCGUGACACUGGUUCACCGACCUUAGCUGACUACAGCUGCUUUCCUCUGUGAAGGAGCUUCAGUUGUACGGACACACACUUAAAUGAACGAAGAUGCUUUAGAUGAAUUGGUACAAAGUUGUUCUCAUCUUGAAACCAGUCAGUGCUCAGACAUGUGGUCUGUGGUGUCUGCAGUUAGGUUUUAGUUUGGCUUCUAAACUAGUCUAUCACAAGUGUGCUGAAAAACAUUCUAAAUGGAUUAACUUUAAAAAGUUUCCCAGCUCACUGUCUAUCCUUCAGUUAAGAGCUGUUUCCAUGGCAACAGUCAGUGACACCUAAUAGUCAUGAUGGACAGCAAUAACCCUGUCUUGGGAUGUGCAUCUUCUGAUUUAAAGAAGACCUUUUAGCUGUUGUGCAGUUAGAAACAGUUCCUCUGUGGCAUUUAACUGAGGUUAGUGAAAGCUACCAUCAGCACAAAUUUAAAAAAAAAAUAGUUGAAAAAUCAACCAAAUGUAAAGAGAGUGUCUUAGCCAGCCAUCCCAUUUUCUGAUUCUAACUUUUUUGGUACCAGUUUGGUUUUUUUUGUCUUAUGCUGUACAAUUCUGAAGUGAAUAUACAAACCAGCUGUCAACCUGAAAGUAAUAUUUUACAACAUUUUCUUUUGUCCCACAGCCAAAACUGCACCAUUAAGUGUGCCUGCCUUACAAGCCACUAUGAGGGAGCCAGCUCUGCUCAGUCCAGGACUGAGCCAACAGGACUCAAAUGUGUCUGUGUGUGCAUGUAUGCAUCUGUCUGCCUUUUGUCAGUUGGGCAUCCGCUCAUGUAUGACUGUCAGGUUGUGUUUGUAUGUGCAGACUUCGUGCAGGAUGGACUUCCUGGUGUGAAUCACAGCUGGGUGUGUGGGUCUGGAUGAAUGUCUGAGGGACAACUGGAAGUGGGAGGGUGGGAUGAAGUUCAGAGUAUGGAUUUAGAAAUACCUCAAGACCAUCCGGUUAUGCUGCUAAAUUAAAUAUGUUGGUUUAUAAAAGUGAAUUAAAA